GGAAUAGUUUCGCACGCAAUUUUUCCAAUAAUUAUUGAAAAUAUGAAGAUAUCCUUUCUAUAGUUUCUAUUUAAAGCUAAUGUAUUAUAAAUAUCCUUGGGCAUUUUCUACAUUCUUGGUGUUUUUACAAUUUCAAAUAUGUCAGUGCUAUGUUAUACAAGACAAACAGUAAAUGUUUUCUAGAUUGCAUAAUCUUUUGCGAAAAGGAUCUGGUAAGGUUAUAAGAAAUAUGACAACUCUUCGUUAUUUCAUAAAUGUAAAACCAGAUUUUGAAUCCCAUUUCGGAAAUCCAGAGAUUCCAGAAAUUCUACUGAAAGACAGUAUAAAUGACGUCGUAACUAAAAUACAACAUUAUGUAAAACCUGUGGAACGAAAUGGUGGCGAUGGGGUAUAUUUAGGAACAGCGGGUGUUGCUUAUAUGUUCUAUCAUCUGAGCAAAGUUCCUACAUUGAGUGAAAAUAGAAGUGAAUAUUUAAAUAAAGCUCUUGAAUAUUUAAAACCAGCUAUUGUUGUUGCAACACAUUCAACAAGCAACAGAAAGGAUGUGCCAUCAUUUAUUUUAGGCAAUUGUGGUAUAUAUGCAGUAGCUGCCGCAAUUUAUAAAGCUAUUGGAGAUAUAUCUCAAAGUAAUCAUUAUAGGCAGUUAUAUUAUGAAGCGGCAAAAAUUUGCAAAGAAACCAAAUUUUUAAACUGUGGAUCUGACGAGCUCUUUGUUGGGCGUGCAGGCUACAUCUUGGGAGCAAUAUGGUUAUCUAAAGAAACUAAAACUCCUCUCCAAAAACAAGAUAUAUACGAAUUAUGUAAAAUUAUGAUUACAUCUGGAAGAGAAUAUGCAUUAAGACAGCAUUGCCCUUGUCCACUGAUGUAUGCUUAUUAUCAAGUGGAAUAUCUUGGAGCAGCACAUGGGCUUUGCUCCAUAUUACAAGUGUUAUUAUCAGUUCCUGGAUUUUUGGAUGCUAACCCUUCAGAUGCUAAUGGUAUCAAAACAACCAUUGAUUUUUUAUUAUCUCUGCAGACUAGAGAAGGCAACUUUCCUGCUGCUAUGGAUGAAGUCGACCAUAGAUCAGAUCUAAUACAUUGGUGCCACGGAGCUCCUGGUGUAGUAUACCUAAUGGCAAAAGCAUAUUUAGUGUUCAGAGAGGACAAAUACCUUCAGUCUUGCAAACAAAUGGCAGAUUUGAUUUGGGAUAAAGGUUUACUUAAAAAAGGUCCUGGACUGUGUCACGGUAUAGCUGGAAAUGGUUACGUGUUCUUACUUCUGUACAGGCUAACCAAAGGAGACCACAAAUACCUGUACAGGGCAAUUCGAUUUUACGAAUUUAUGAACAGUGACGAGUUUAAAAGUAACGCAAGAAUGCCCGAUCAUCCUUACAGUUUGUACGAAGGUUUGGCAGGUACGGCUUGUUUCUUAGCUGAUUUGUCUUAUCCUUUCAAGGCAGCUUUUCCAUUCUCAGAUGUAUUUUAAAGUUACUGCUAUAGUAUUUUAGUUAAUAUCACUUUUAUGUAAAUAUAAUCACCAAACAGUG